UUGCUGUUGGCUGCCAGCAGCUUGUAUUCCUGAGGCUGAGUAACCUUGGGCCAAGUGGCAAGUGCUGCUACUUAAAGGACUUGGCCAACAGUGUGGUGCACAUGGACCGUCUUACUCACCUAAGAGUGCACCAGCCGUACCUGGCCCCUGGAGCAAAUCUCUUCACUGCUCUCAAGAAAUGUCAGAGACUGCAAAGACUCAGUAUUACCUCUAAACGUGACAUGCUGCCCUUGGACCUGUCCGUGCUGGAGCAGCUGGUGAAGGCAAGGCCAUCUCUGAUCUUUGUGGCAGUAGAGGGUGCCGGCACGUCCAAAGUUGCCUGCAAAAAGUUUGCUAGAAAUGUGAAAAACAUUUCGCGGCCAGCACUGGUAGUGUUUAUAAGCAUUGAAGAAGGUAGCCCUCACAUUCCCUUGGCACACCGUGACAUGAUUCACGAUGAAAGCUGGCUGUCUGGUUCUUUCUCCAGCUCCUGUUACAAUCUGAACUUUCCUUUCAGGCAUCAUGUCUUGCACAUCACUGGUACUCAAGUGCAGGACUAGCAUAGUGCUAUUCCUCAGUUCUCAAAAGAGGGCAUAUGCAAUUUUCAUUGUAUAUAUUACAUGGAUGUUUAUGAUACUGUGCAAUGUACAUCAAUAAAUUAUGAUAGUUUCUUUG